CAUGUCUCUGACCAACACAAAGACGGGCUUCUCGGUGAAGGACAUUUUGGACCUCCCCGACACCAACGAUGAGGACGGCUCGGCGGAGGGCGGAGAAGAGGAGAGCGAGGCGCCCGAGCCUCCGAGGAAAGGGGGAGUUUUGGGACAAACCCCCUUGGACACUGUUCCGACGCUGCCUUUGAAGAGUCCUUUCUAUGAUAACAGCGAUAAUCCGUACACGCGCUGGCUGGCGAGCGCCGAGGGCAUCCAGUACUCCCUGCACGGGCUGGCGGCUGGCGGCGGCGGCCAGGACCCCUCGGCCAAGUCCCCGGAGCCGUCGGCCGACGAGUCUCCCGACAACGAGAAGGAAGCUGCGGGCGGCGGGGACGCUGGCAAGAAGAGGAAGAGGAGGGUGCUCUUCUCCAAGGCGCAGACCUACGAGCUGGAGCGGCGGUUCCGGCAGCAGCGGUACCUGUCGGCGCCGGAGCGGGAGCACCUGGCUAGUCUCAUCCGCCUCACCCCCACGCAGGUGAAGAUUUGGUUCCAGAACCACCGCUACAAGAUGAAGCGAGCGCGGGCCGAGAAAGGUAUGGAAGUGACUCCUCUUCCCUCGCCGCGGCGGGUGGCCGUGCCGGUGCUAGUCAGGGACGGCAAGCCCUGCCACACGCUCAAAGCUCAGGACUUGGCAGCUGCAACGUUCCAGACGGGCAUCCCGUUCUCGGCGUACAGCGCGCAGUCGCUGCAGCAGCACAUGCAGUACAACGCGCAGUACAGCGCGGCCGGCAGCCCUCAGUACCCCACAGCGCACCACUUGGUACAGGCGCAGCAAUGGACUUGGUGAG